GUCAGCUCCGACGCGGACCCAGCAGAGACACGGGGAGGGACGGGCCGCGGCGGGAGUCGGGCGCCCCCGCGAGCAUAGACCGCUCCCUCGCCGCCGGAAGUGCUUGCGGCGUGCGGCGUCCCAGCCGGAAGUGUGGCAAAUUCCCAGCAGGACCCGGAAGUGUGGAGCAGGUGCGGCUCCGGGAAGUGCCGGUGGCCGGCCGGUGGAGAUUCGGGGUGGACACAGGGAUGUGCAGAUGGAGGCCGGAGGAGACACUGCUGUCCCGGGCCCCGGGGGCGCCGAGGACGUGGAGGACACGCGGGGCCCCAGUGAGGAGGCCGGGAACGCUGCCGGGGAUCACCCGGGCCCACCCGAUCCUGGAGACCCGGCCCCGGGGGAGCCAGAGUCCGAGGCCAAGGAUGAGCUGUCCAACCUCCUGUCGCCACUGCCCAUGUCGGAGGCCCCGGCAGACACCUUUGAGCCAGAAAGGACUGCAGCCUCCGACAGUGUUCCCAUUCACGGCCCUGACAUCGGCUCUGGAGGCCAGGGCGGGGACCCCAGUGACGAGGACUGGCGCUGCCAACGGAAGCAUGUGUUUGUACUGAGCGAGGCUGGCAAGCCGAUCUACUCACGCUACGGCAGCGUGGAGGCAUUGUCAGCCACCAUGGGGGUGAUGACAGCCCUGGUGUCCUUUGUGCAGAGCGCCGGAGAUGCCAUCCGUGUCAUCUAUGCCGAGGACCACAAGUUGGUGUUCCUACAGCAGGGCCCACUGCUGCUGGUGGCCGUGUCUCGGACUUCCCAGUCAGCAGCACAGCUGCGGGGGGAGCUGCUGGCUGUGCACGCACAGAUUGUGAGCACAUUGACACGAGCAAGUGUGGCUCGCAUCUUCGCGCACAAGCAGAACUACGAUCUCCGCCGCCUGCUGGCAGGCUCAGAGCGCACCCUGGACCGGCUUCUGGACAGUGUAGAGCGAGACCCAGGCGCCCUGCUCCUGGGUGCUGUGCGCUGUGUGCCCCUGGCCCGGCCACUGCGGGAAGCACUGGGCACACUGCUGCGGCGUUGCACAACACCGGGCCUGGCCCUGUCAGUGUUGGCAGUUGGUGGCCAGCUGAUAACAGCAGCUCAGGAGCGCAAUGUGCUGGCCGAGUGCCGGCUGGACCCCGCGGACCUUCAGUUGCUGCUUGACUGGGUGGGUGCCCCAGCCUUUGCUGCUGGUGAGGCCUGGGCACCAGUGUGCCUGCCCCGCUUCAACCCCGAUGGUUUCUUCUAUGCCUACGUGGCACGCCUGGAUUCUAUGCCAGUCUGCCUGCUUCUGCUUGGCACCCAGCGGGAAGCCUUCCAUGCCAUGGCUGCCUGCCGGCGAAUGGUAGAAGACGGGAUGCGUGCCCUCGGGGCCCUGCGAGCCCUUGGAGAGGCUGCCAGCAACCCCAGCACCCACUGGUUAGGUGCCUCGGCCUACAGCGUGCAGGCUGUGGGGGCGCCCGGCCUCCGGCACUUCCUCUACAAGCCACUGGACAUCCCUGACCACCACCGCCAGCUGCCUCAGUUUACCAGCCCUGAGCUGGAGGCUCCCUACAGCAAAGAGGAGGAGCGGCAGCGGCUGUCUGACCUGUACCACCGGCUGCAUGCCCGCCUCCACAGCUCCUCCCGACCCCUGCGCCUCAUUUACCACGUGGCCCAGAAUGAGACACUGCUGGCCUGGGUGACUUCCAAAUUCGAGCUUUAUACAUGCCUCAGCCCCUUGGUGACCAAGGCAGGUGCCAUCUUGGUUGUGACUAAACUGCUGCGCUGGGUGAGGAAAGAGGAGGACAGGCUCUUCAUUCGUUACCCACCCAAAUACUCCACACCUCCAGCCCCGUCUGCAGACCAAGCUCCCCACAAUGGCUUCUUCACGGGACUCUAAAUGAUGGAGCUCCCAGACUGUUGGGAGCGACCAUUUUUGUCUGUUACCUUCUGUCCCCACCCUGGAAACCUGGAUGGGGAUCCAUCUGUGACUAGUCCCUAUCUCCAUGGACAGUUGGGGACAAAUUGAGGAUGUUCCCACACCUGGGAGAUGGGCAGCAGCAGCCAGGGGCAAAGGCUGCCUGCCUUCUUUCACCCUUCAUGUAUCUGCACCUCUGGGAAAGCCUUCAGUCCUUUUCCCCUCCCUCUCCUGGACCUGCUGGACUUGGAUGUUACUCUAGCCUGCCAAGGGCUUCCCCUCCAACAUGCUUCAGAAGUCUGGGACUCCGAGGGUGAUCCACAGAGGUUCUAGAAGGGGGAGAACAGAGGCCUGAGAGUAUUUUAAAGAGAAAAUGACACAAAAGGCCUAAACUCCAAGCCCCAUUAAGUUAUUCCUUGCCCUCCCUGUAAUUCAGUUCAUUUUUUGCCCUUCCACAAAAACUGGGCCCCAUCAUCUUGAGGAGGAGGCUGGCUGUCAACUAGGACACAGAGCACAUGGCUUCUCCCUACAGUGGCUGAGAUCUGGACUCUACAAAGUAGAGAGGUGUACGUAGCUUGUAAAGCCCUUCUUCCCCGUGAAACCGAAGUGACUUUUUCUUCUAGGCUCCUUAAAGAAGAUUUAUAAACAGAAAGGGUUGAAACUCUCAAGUACCACAUGGUUCAUUCACAUUGUCCCCAACUUAGCCUACAACAAAAUAAGCAGUCUAAAGAGGGUGAGGCCUUCCUAGACUGGUGUGUGUGUGCCUAACUCUCACUCCCCCACCGCUCCAUACCCUACCACUGCCCUUGUUCAUACGGUCGAGGGCGCGUGCGCGUACGCAUGUGUAAGGUCAGCCGGGGCGUGGGAUGUUCUGCGCCUGCUCAGAGCAGAGCAUCCGGUUUCCUGGACGCUGGUAUUUCUGGAUUACGUAAGCCUAGCACGCAUGCGCGCUGCCUCCCACUGUCACGUCACGUGCCCCACCUGCGCUCCUGCGCAAGCCCCCUGCUGGAAAACGGCGGGGAAGCCGGAGCCUUCGGAGGAGAAGUGGCGGGAAUCCCCGGAGGAGGCGUCCACGGAGGAGGCGGCGGCCGCAGGUACCGGGGGACAGCGGGCUGCGCCCCUCUCCCGGCAGAGGGGAGGGAGGGCGUUGUUGUUGUUUUUUUAAAUAAGGUUUUAAGCGUUUUAAUAUCAACACUUUUAACCGUUCCACGAGGUGGAAAUAAAUGAGAAGCACCUUGUGAUGUGGCCCGGACGGACUCGAGGGAGGGCUCCCCGGAUCCACGGCCUACGCCGGUCCCUCCGCGUGCCUCGCUUUCAGCCGGGGAGGACGGGGUGCGCGCGCGCGCACACACACACACACACGGUGCGCGCGCACACACACACACACACACACAUACACACCCCGCGGCCCAGCCCCCAGCCUGGACCCCGCUUCACUCAGCAUCUCCGUGGAGAAUGGCCGCGCCUCCAGGUGUCUGUGACUUGUUUGCCCUGAGCGGGGCCGAGGAGGGGCGUCCGGCCUAAAAUCCAGCCGAAAGAUCUCCCAGCGCAGGGCCCGCUGGGCGCCGCGCUAGCCUACGGUUUUCUUCUCUCUUUCCACUCUAGAAAGCUUCACAGUGUACCGAAGUAGAGGGAAAGUAGCGUGAACACCCAGCACGCUUCACUCUGCUUCAACAGAGGACCUUGUCUGCCUCUUUGUCUCCCCCGUCCCACACGUUCUUUAAACCACUAUAUUCACAAACACGGAAGCUUGCAUCUGGUAAGACCUAUCCAUGCAAAAAAUCAAAAUAAUGAUGGGCUGUUUGUGUAAUUUCCAGUCCUUGGAUGUGAGCUCUAUUAGAACAGAGACUUGAUCACUAUUUCCUCAACCAAGGCCUGAUGAGUAUAUAGACGAUGCUCAGGAAUUUCUUAAUGUGUAACUAAUGCAGCCACUUUAAUCCAGAGUUUGUCUUAGGUUAGAGCCACAGGUGACAGACUGUCAAAAAAAAAAUGAUACAGAUGAAAUACAAAGAGAUUCCAUUAAAUGGGUCUCCAAGAAUGUUAAAACAAAUUUUGAUGAUGACCUUGAGGAUUCCUCACAGCCAAAGUUAGGAUUACUUUCCUCAGCAAUAGAGAAAAUAUAUAUAUAUAUAUAUAUAUAUAUAUAUAUAUAUAUAUAUAUAUCAAAUUACCAAUACUAAUCCAUCAGAUUGGUGUUGUAUAAAGGGAGGGAUAUUACCAGCUCUGAUGACUGGUGAAGCAGGUUGUCCCUUGCCUCACUGAGACUGGACCAGCGAAGGAUUCACUAGGGGCAGGCUGACAGGGUAUUUUGGUAUCUGAAGUGCCGCUCCACACCUGCAGCCACCAUGCUAGGUCAUCAAGAGAGUUCACAAAUGUGAGGACCAGGUGUGGUCAGUGGCGUGUCAAGGAAGACUAAACACAAGGAGGAACCAAGAGAAAUGGCCAAGUUUCAGGACCCCCGUGCCUGCAGCAGAAGGCCUGUGAGCUAGACUGGUGUGCUAGUCAUAAAAAAAUAAUUGUAAGUGGAUAAGAUCAUUUUCCCAGGCACAGAAUGAGAACUCAUAUUUUUAUUAGUGAAAGCCUAGCUGAGAUUGAAAAAAAGGAAGAAAAGGGAUUACUCAGUACAGCCUUAGAGUGUUACACAGUAUAAAGUGUCUGAAUGAUCAAGGCCUAACAACUAUGGACGGUGGACAGGGAUGGGGGAGGAAGGGAGCAGGACUGAAGGCAUUUUUUGUGUGUGAUAUAUCAUUUUAUUUUUCCUUAAGGAAAAUAUGGGUAGUGCUAUCUAUGUUACUUUAAACUCUAAGGGGAAAAGAGGGCAAUUUUUUGUCAUCUGAGGAUUACAGGUUAAUAGCAAGUGAUAUUAAAAAUCUGAUUUUGUUGUUUGUCUGGCUCUUGCUUGGUAGAUUUCCCUCUGUAAUAGGAAAUGCACACUAGUAAAUUAAAUAAUUAUUAGUGAA